AUGGUUUCUGAUUGUUUCCCAAAUAGCGACAUUGCGGAUGGCCAUCAAUGGUUGGAACGUUUGAAGAAAUUUCGUCAUCGAUGGUGUUCUUUAUGGUUGAGAGAUCAAUUCACAGCCGGGAUGUUGACUACGCAAGCUAGUGAGUCGUGCAAUGCACAAGUGCGACUUUUCUUGAAGCCGAGGCAUGAUUUGGACUUGUUUUUCAUUAACUUUAGCAGUUUGUUGGCUGACAAAAGACGCAAGGAGACAGAGUCAGACUACAAUGCAAAACAAUCGAUUCCUUAUAUAAUGUUGGAGAAUAGCCCGAUCCUCCAACAUGCGGCAAAGAUCUUUACUCCUAACAUUUUCGAAAGGAUACAGAAGCAGUAUUUGGUGGCUGAAUCCUAUAUAAUAAUAAAGAAGCUCUCAGAUAAUAGGGAUGAUGGCAUGAUUGGAUAA